UUUAUCAAUUUUCCGUUUUUUCCCCCAAAAUUUUAAGAAAAUUCCUUUUCAGACACAUUUCCCAUUUCUGACUAUUACCUUACCAGUUUUCUUAAAUGUUUCGUUUUCGUAGUGGCUUCAAAGAUUCCCCAGCAUUCUUCUUCUCCUUCUCCUUCUUCUUCUUCUUCCUCAAUUUUGCAUGAAGGUUUUGUACUCAUUUGAAUUUCAGAGCUCAAGCUUCACUGCCCUUUGAGUUAUGUUUCACUCACACUGCCUUCUUUUGAGGAAAGGCCCAUUAGGUGCCAUUUGGGUUGCUGCUUACUGCUUUAAAAAGCUCAAGAAGUCUCUGGUCAUGGAAACUGAUAUACCCUUUUCCGUUGAUAAAAUAUUGCAAGAUGAACUAAAUGCUGUGACAUAUAGAGUAAUGGCGUACCUCCUCCUUGGCAUUGCCCGGAUCUAUUCCAAAAAAGUUGAAUAUCUGUAUACCGACUGCAAUAAAGUGCUGACUGAAAUCAAUGAAUUUGUGGUCAGAACAAAGAAUAGCACAAGAAAGGGAACCAAACUAACACCUUAUUAUGCUAUUACCCUUCCUGAAAGAUUCAAACUUGACGAAUUUGAUCUGGGGAUUAUUGAGGAUCUCACUGGUAGUCACACGGUAUCUCAUGAAGAGAUCACCCUUAAAGAUAAUAUAUGGAACAAUGAUAUCGUGCUGUCACUUGAUCAAAACCAUGACCAGGAAAUCACUGCACUUCACAGCGUAUGCUGUUCUGAUGUUACCAUAUUCGAAGAUGUCUUUUCACCUCACCUCAAGGAAAUUGAGAUGCAGGCAAGCACAUUACAUCAUCACAUUAUGCCAGAAAAAUGUCAAGUGAGUACAUUAUCUGAUGAAAGAUACGAGGUUGAGGUAUCUACUGCAAUAGAGAGUGCAGAUGUCAAAGCAAUUGAACAAUUUGAUGAAGAUCAUCGAUCUGAUGAAGAAGAGACGUGGAAGGAGAAAAUGCUGCAGCAUGAAAAUUUAGUUCCCGAAGCAAGCACAGAAAUGGUUUUGACCAAUAGCUUUUCUUAUGAAGAAACUGUAACUGUCAAGACAGUUUCUAUAACUGAGAGAGAAUCUUCAGAGAAUGUGAAAUUCUCUCGCGAAGAUUGUCAUAGUGAGGGAAUGGACAGGGAAAGAAUUCAAUCAGAUAAUGAAACUGAGUUUGUUAAUGGAGGCAAUAGUAUCAACACCUCAGAAAGAAGCAUCGAGAAACUUAGAGAUAAUACUAUAACUUUACUGGACAGCAUGGAUAUUGAUAUGUCCUUGGGUGCACAAAUCGAACCGAUGAAACUUAUAGGAAUGGGUAGUAGGGAAGGGGAUAAUUUAAAAUUUCCUGAAAUGCAAUCACCCGAAAUGAAAGACUGUGAUGGUUCGAGGAAUGAUCAACUUUCUAUUUCACUUGAUGGAGUGCUUGAUUCCAGAUUUCCAGAUUUUACUGGUACAAAAACACCUGAGUUUACAACAAUUUCGACACCAGCUAAUAAGGAGAGACCACGAACAUCGAGGAAAAGAAAAUGCAUUGUUGAUGAUACUAUAGUAUUACCUAAUGAGGAACUUAAGCGAAGCAUAUACGAUGCUAGGGACUUGGUUUCAAAAAGAAGAAAAUGUCCUUGUAGUGCUCUCACUGCCUGGAAGGCUAGUCAAAUAUCUAGACUCUCCUUUGGCUUCUCAAUGCCUUUGAUGUCCUGUGUUUCGCCUGAGCUUAGGUCCCUUUUUGAAACCAGAGUGAAUAUAUCAAAAUCUACUGAACUGGUGAAAUCUCCUGAAAACUUGGAUGUUCCAAGUUCUCCAGCUUUUCACACAUUAGUGAAAAUGGAUAGCCCCGUAACAAUUUUCAAAACUGGAGAACAUUCAAAUGAACCAGAGAUUUCUGGAUCUAUAGCUACCUACAGAUCAGAGCAAAUCACGACUUGUGUGGAUAGAGUUGCCGUUUCUGAAGCUUCUGUCCUGGAGUUGUCCACAUCAGAACCUCAAAUUUCAGAUGGACUCGAGCAAAUAGCAAUAGCACCUGGCACACCUGUUCGGUGCUCAACAUCAGCUAGAUUAUUUAGGAGUCCAGAUAGCCCUAAAGUUUCUAACUCGAAUGCACAGAUAAAGUUUUGUGAAGUGGAUGAACUGGAAACCGAUGGAUGGUCUGGGAGAACCAGAAUGGUUGCUGAAUAUCUUCUCCAAAAUUUUACAAAUCAACGGAUACAGAGUGCGGAAGAGGCUGUAAAUUUGUCCCAUCUUCUAAGCAACAAAACGAGAAAAGAGAGUGCUGGUUUAUUCUACGAAAUAUUGGUAUUGAAAACCAAAGACUGUGUGGAUGUGAAACAAGAUUGUGCCUACGGUGACAUCUUAGUAUGGAAACUAUCAAACUGGAGCACAGCCUUUGGAUCUGGUUUGUCUAUCAUGGGCGAAGACUAGGUGUAGACUUGUAGAAUAGAAAUGGAAUUAGUUUAGUUGUUUUUGUGUUCAAUGUCUACAAAAUCAGAGGUUAAUGUUGAUGUACAGUAACGCUAUUAAGUUAAACUGUACGUGUCGGUGUUAAAAGCGGGGAUAAUUUUGAUGUACAUCAACUUCCUUGAGUUAACAGUCUAUGUAGGAGUAGUUUUGAUGCAUAGACCGAUGGUGGCUGUUAUAGUGAACCUCUGACUUGUUAUAAUCUUUUCUUCUAGAGGUAGAUGUUGUAAACUCAAAUUAUAUGUUUCUGGAUUUUGUAAUCCAAAAACAUUGCAAAUUUUGAAA